AUGAAUAAAGAUAAUGAAAUGAAGGGAUUUUUGCGGGAAUUCGGCUCCUGGCAGCUGUAUGACGACUACAAUACCGAUAGUUGUGAGAUUUCUUCAAAUUUCCUAGUUUUUGACAUGAACGAUAGUUUUCAGGCGGACCAACACGAGGAAAAGCGUUGAAACGAUUAGUAUAUGAGUUGCCUUUAACAAAAUCGCAAAGGGAGCAAGAGGAAUCAGCGAAAAAUAAGGCAAAUCGAAAAGGAAUUUUUUAUGAUGGUAACAUACUGAAAAAAAUUUGAUUUUUCUCGAUUGUUAGAGGUAUUUUUUUGCAGAUGAAAAAGCGGAAAUUGACGUCUGAAUGGGUUUAUAGCGACGGAAACGUGAAAUCGUGGAAAAAAAUUCCCGAAACGAUUCCGAAAAAAAUCGACUCGACGAAGAACUCCACAGGAAAAAUAGUGCAAAUCAACCCCAAUUCGGUUGGUUUAAUUGUCGAAAUUGAACAAAGUCAAUUUCAGUUUUACCCAUUAUUUCGCGUCGUCUGGAAGAAAUUGACGAGGAAAUAGACGAUGCAAUACGCAGAAAAAUGAUCGAUGAGGUGUUGUUUGGCGAGAAGUUUCAAGGUUAGAAUAUUUUUUGAAAGACACUACAUUUUUUAAUUUCCAGAAUCGCCAGUAAGCAGUAGUCAUCGCGAAAUUGUCCGAGAAACGGAAAACGACAGAAAAGAAGGUAUUCCUCUAUUUCUUUUCUCAAAAAUUGAAAUUUUAUGCUCAGAACUCGUAAUAAAGACGCAUCGAUGUGUGAGCGGUCGUGAACAUUCGCAGAAAAAUCAGAGAGAAUUGAUUUUUCUAAAGAACGAGAAUCGAGAAACGAGACGGGAGACGGAGCAGUGUUUCAAGGUGUUUCAGAAGAUUUUGGACGCGAGCAAACAAUUGGAAAAAAGAAUUUUGGAGUGAGCACGUUUUUUUCAAGGCUGGGCAAAAGGCCGGUCCUUUGCCUCGACAUUUUUGACCCAGAUGUAAUUAUCCGUUCGGACCCAAACUUUGCAGACUUCUUCGACUUGGAUUGAAGUACACGGGGACCAUGUUUCACACCGAUCGGAUCAUCCGGUACCGAGAUAUACUGGUUUGAAGCCGGAAAGACCGAGUUCGGCCUCUAAUCCACAUAUCUCGGGACCGCAUAAUCGGAUCUUUCUGAAACUCGGUCCCAAUAUACUUCAAUCCAAGUCCAAGAAGCCUGCAAAGUUUGCGCCCGAUCGGAUCAUUGCAAGUGGGUCAAAAGUCCAGACCAUGGACCGGCCAACAAAAAGCCCAAGCAAAAAACAGCAAUGUUUUCCAAAUUUCCAAAGUUUUCAGACAAUCCAAAUCGCCGCAAAUGGACAACAUCCUCUACAGUGUAAACGAUAAUCGAUUGACAGAUACUAUCAAGUAG